GUGGGCGGGCUCAGGAUGCUGAGGCGGCCUCUCAUUGGCUGCUCCUUGUGGCGAGGCGUGGGACGGGAGCGCGCGGCCAGCUGUGAGGGGAGCAGAGGAAACAGCCAGGAGGGUACUAAAGGGACAAAGAACCGCUGCCUCACGUCUCAUCCUCUCCAGCAGGUUGGAAACCUCCAGACGUCUGCGUCUUGGACAGGGUGUGCAGCCUGUUCUUCGUCUGUCAAAAUCAGUGUCUUUCCUCCCUCGUCCUGCAUCAUGCUGCGCCCAGGUGCCAUCCAUGGUUUCCUGUUCACCUUGCUGUGCUUGUGGGUGCUGUGCAACGCCCAGUCAGACUCUGGCACUCCUGUAAUCCAGCUACGUCUAGCUGGAGAGAAGAGGAAACACUACGAGGGCCGAGUGGAAGUUUUCCACAAUGGACAGUGGGGGACGGUGUGCGAUGAUGACUUCUCCAUCUACGCCGCCCAAGUGGUGUGCAGAGAGCUUGGCUUUGUGGGUGCCGAGUCCUGGUUGCCGUCAGCCAAGUACGGAAGAGGAGAAGGUCAAAUCUGGCUGGACAACGUGCACUGCACUGGUGGAGAGAAGAGCCUGGCUCAGUGUCAGUCCAAUGGCUUCGGAGUGUCUGACUGCAAACAUUCAGAGGACGUCGGAGUUGUGUGCAACCAGAAGCGCAUUCCAGGCUUCAAGUUUAACCGGAACCAAACCGACAGUGAUGAGGGUGUGACGGUGCAGGUGGAGGACGUGAGGAUCAGGGCCACUUACUCUCACAGGAAAAGGAUUCCCAUCACUGACGGCUUUUUGGAGGUGAAAGAAGGAGGCAAGUGGAAACAGAUCUGUAACGAAGGGUGGACGGCGAUGAACAGCAGGGUCAUCUGUGGCAUGUACGGCUUCCCUGGAGAGAAACGCGUGAACACACGGCCCUACAAACUGCUGGCCAAGCGCCGUAAGAAGAACUACUGGGGUUUCUCUGUCAAUUGCACCGGCAACGAGCCUGACCUGGCCAAUUGUAAGCUGGGCCGAGAGAUAGAGCUGAAGGGCAACCGCACCUGUGAGCAGGGCAUGCCCGUGGUGGUCAGCUGUGUUCCUGGACGUACCUUUGCUCCCAGCGUCAGCCCCGGCUUCAGCAAGGCCUACAGGGUGGAGCAACCCUUGGUGCGUCUAAGAGGCGGAGCUAUGAUUGGCGAGGGGCGAGUGGAAGUGUUGAAGAACGGGGAGUGGGGGACGGUGUGUGAUGACAACUGGAACAUUCGAGCUGCCACCGUGGUGUGCAGAGAGCUGGGCUUCGGUAGUGCCAAAGAGGCCUUGACAGGCGCCCGACUGGGACAAGGGAUUGGACCGGUCCACAUGAACGAGGUGGAGUGCUCUGGAUUUGAAAAGUCACUGACCGAGUGCCACUUCAACCGUGACGCUCUGGGCUGCAGCCAUGAGGAAGACGUAGCUGUCAGGUGUAACGUUCCCGCCAUGGGCUUCCACAAUAGACUUCGCCUGAGUGGCGGCCGAAAUCCCUACGAGGGCCGCGUGGAGGUGCUGGCGGAGAGGAACGGCUCUCUGGUGUGGGGUACAGUGUGCAGUGACAGCUGGGGCACCAUGGAGGCCAUGGUGGUGUGCAGACAACUUGGCUUGGGCUUUGCCAGCCACGCUUUCCAGGAAACAUCCUAUUGGCAAGGAGACGCCUCGGCUGAUGCAGUCGUGAUGAGUGGAGUGAGAUGUUCAGGAACCGAGCUAACUCUGGAUCAGUGUCUACAUCACGGGAAACACAUCCACUGCCCCAGAGGAGGUGGACGCUUCGCCUCUGGGGUCUCUUGUACUCAGACGGCCCCAGACCUGGUCCUCAAUGCCCAGGCUGUGGAGCAGACCACCUACCUUGAGGACAGACCCAUGUAUAUUCUGCAGUGUGCGCACGAGGAGCACUGUCUGUCCAGUAGUGCUGACAAAGCCGACCCCAGCUCCUACCGCCGCCUCCUCCGUUUCUCCUCCCAGAUCCACAACAACGGCCAGUCAGACUUCAGGCCGCGGGCGGCGCACCACUCCUGGAUCUGGCAUGAGUGUCACAGACAUUACCACAGUAUGGAGGUUUUUACCCACUAUGACUUGCUGAGUCUGAAUGGCACUAAAGUGGCAGAGGGACACAAAGCCAGCUUCUGUCUGGAGGACACUCAUUGUGACGAGGGUAUCCAGAAGAGGUAUGAAUGUGCAAACUUCGGGGCACAGGGCAUCACGGUUGGCUGCUCCGAUACCUACAGGCACGACAUUGACUGUCAGUGGAUCGACAUCACAGACCUGAAGCCCGGCGACUACAUUCUCCAGAUUGUGAUAAACCCCAACUACGAGGUGGCAGAAUCAGAUUACACCAACAACAUCAUGAAGUGCCGCUCUCGGUACGAUGGACAACGGAUAUGGACAUACAACUGUCAUAUAGGUGGCUCACUGAGUUCAGAAACAGAGGAAACCUUCCCCGGACUGCUGACCAACCAGCUUUCACACAGGUAGACCAAAGCUGGACGGCACAAACGGAUGGAGAACACUUGGGAAAGUAUAUAUUAACAUUCGACAACCACUAGAGGGAGCUGCACUGCUGUGUUUCCUUGAAGCAGUGCUGGAUUGUUGUUGGGACUCAACCGGUACAAUGGACAGUAAUUCAAUGGGAAAGUGAAUUGCUUGCUUACUUAAUCUAAUAACCACAUUCAGCUGUAUAAAAUUGUUCUUAUUGCUUAGUGUCUUUGUGCCUUCAUCAGUGAGAUGAAGGUUUUGACCUGGUGCUUUUUUUGGGAGAGAUGUCAGGGAGGGCUGCAGCCAAAUAACUUAUUAAAUCAACAGAGCCUACAGAUGACUUCCUAACCAAAGUUGAGAAAGCCUCAAACCAAAAAAACAUUGGAUCCAAUCUUGACCCUGAUGUUGAGUUUGCUUGGGAUGGGUGAAAAUAAUUGACUGCUAAAUCUGGUGCUAUAACUGAAACUUGCACUAUGUGUUUUUCCCCAUAAACAGUUUAACGACGUUGGAUGGUUAAAGGCUUUAACUAAAAGCUGAAAACAAGUACAAUGCAUUAUUAUAAUUAUUGUAAGGUGACACGCCACAGUCUAUGGUAACAGCACAACAGACUUUUUGUUUUGUUUAAUAAAUCUGGGUUUAUUUUUACAGUGUCUGUCAGGUCCCCUCCAGUGCUGAUUUAGUGCAGGAUUUAUUUCCUGGUAAAAUUUUCAGUCAUAAAAUCUAAGAAUUAAGCUGAGUGGGAAAGGGCUUUUUUCCUCCUAAAAUAUCCUGUUCCAUAUACUUGAACUCACAAUGUGUUAUUUAUUGAUUGUUUUUCCUCUUGGUUGCUAUGUUUGACACACAUUUGCAUCUAAAUGAUCUGUGUAUCCCCUCAGCUUCUUUCUCUGUGUCUGAGUUUUGUUACAUCAUUACUAUCAGGGACUACGAAAACAUUGUGGAUAUACUGUAAAAGCCACAAAUGUAUGUGAAAAUGCCUCCUCGUUGUUUUGUAAAUUAGAUUUUUUUAAUGUCACAAAUUUAAGGAUCCUUCUUUUUAAAGGGGUACUUGUUGCUUGCUGCUUGACUGUUUUUAUUUGGUAUGCAUGAGUGAUUGUGGAAAAACAUUACAUCUUUGAAAUAAAAAAAUGGUCAAAGCA